ACUCCGACAUCUCUAAUAGUUAGGCAACAUCAGGAGCGGAAAAUUGAAAAUGUACACUGCCCAGAUUAUUUAAAACACAAGAGCUAUGUAUCAAUUAUCUUCACAAAUAAUGUUUAUGUAGAUAUUGUAUUUGUUGUAUAAGUUGUUUGCUUUGUCAUCUACUUCAGCUUAGGUAUGACCGACAGAAACUCUCUAAAACGCACCGAAGAAAAAAUUCCACACCUUGCUGGAAGACAGAUGAGUAAUUCCUUAAGAGCUAGGUUACAGAAAUGUAGUCGGUACCAUAUGCCUGCAGCUACAACAGAAUCCCCUGUGGUGGGUCCAGACUUAGCUUCGUGUUCUCAGUCAGCACACAAGAGCACCAGUUGUGUGAAACCUCAUAAAGUUCUGACUUUCUCUUCUCCACUGCCAAAUCCAAAACCAAUGGAGAGCCAUAUAGAAGUUAAUAAAAGGACACCAAAAAGAUCAUUACAAGAUAUUUGUGAUGACAAAUUUCCUUUCCGGAGGAAGAAUAAGGAAUUAAAAACCUGUCAAAAAGAUGAAAAUGUUUUAGUUGAGAAACAUGCAAGAUCGGUAAACACUAUUCCGACAGAGGAAGCACCAUCAAAGGAUAAGUUUACAGAUUCGGUGUCAAGAGCAACUCAGGUUGACAAGGAAACUGAUGCCUCUGCAGUUAAAGACACACACAGUAUUUCAGAUCUUGAUCAUAUAAAUCUUUGUCUUCAACAACAAAUUGAAUUCAAAGAAGAACAACUGAGAAGAUUGAAAAUGGCAAAGCUCUACAGAUCAAAGAAUGACCUAGAUAAGCUGCAGGGCCUCAUAACCAAAUGGAAACAUGUAUGCCAAGGUGCCAUUCAGGAAUUAAGGGACUUGGCUCCAGAACCGAAACCAACUCUUACUGAGAUAGUAGAUCAUUUCCAGAUAGAUCACAAAUUACUUGAUUAUGAUGCUGAAGACGAAACAUUUUUAUAGGUGGGGUCUAUCACUGGGGACACGACAUUUUGGUUACUUGUCACAGCAUCAGUGAUAUGUUUUCCAGAGAUCAACCACAAACUGACUGAUCUAUGCAUUUAUUUCAUUGGCUGAGAAAUCUGAAAUCUCCUAAGACAGCACAGACAAUCCAGCUAUUGGCUCCACUAACCUACAGUACUCUGAUGAUCUCUGUUCUCUAAUCUCUCUACAAAGUUUCCUCUAUAUACAGUAUACUGAUACAAAGUAUGAAGCACAGUGAUUCCUAUGGCAAAAGAUAUUAAAGCCAAUUAAGACAUUUAGGUGAGACCUUGACAAAACAAUUAAAAUGAGAUUGAUUUUACUUUAAUUAGGAUGUGAAGCCUUGACUCAAGGUACUCAAUCCUUUUAAAACAUGGUUACAGUUCCUUCCAGUGAAUAAAAUACAUUAAGAGAUUUGUGUAAUUUCAUUAUAACUGAGAUGUGAAAAAUCUUUACCUAGUUUCUAAAAUGAAAUUUGGCUGUGAAAUCACCACUAUGACACAAUAAUGCCCAAGCAACUGCUUUAUGCAAUGUUCAGCUAAUACUGUAGCUAAUCGGUUAGUAUUUAUUCAAAGUGGUAAAUGUAAACUAUUGUCACCAAAACAAAUUUGGGCGAGAUGCUGUUAGGUGAAUUCUCUAAUACACUGAAGUCUGAAAUCUUUUGAGUGUAUGUUACGUAGACUCCACUUUUCUUGUGUGUCCAAAGGUCACAUUUGAUUUAGCAGACUGUGUUUUGUCAGACUGAAUUUGGCAAAAUUUCAGCAAUGUCACCUUUAUAAAUGAUAAAAACGCUGAACGUUUUUUACAGAAUGCUAAAGAAUGAUAGGUUUCAUCAUAAAUCUGGUUAACAAGUCAUUUCA